GGUCGAGGUGAGGUGUUGGCAGUGGAAAGGGGUUCGGGCGCAGGGGGCGUGGGAACGUGGAACAAUGGCUCGUGCCAGCUGUCAGGGAGGAUAAGAAGCCAUCGAGCCGCGGCUGUGGGAGGGAGGGGAGAGCGCCCGGGCGACACGAGAGUAUGACGGGGCUGUACGAUUUGGUGUGGCGGGUGCUGCACGCGUUGCUUUACUUGCACCGCACGCUCACCUCCUGGCUUCGCGUUCGGUUCGGCACCUGGAACUGGAUCUGGCGGCGCUGCUAUCGCGCUGCCUCCGCCGCGGUCCUAGCGCCGCUUGGCUUCACGCUCCGCAAGCCCCCGGCAGCCGGCAGGAACCGCCGGCACUACCGGCACCCGGGUAGGGGGCCGGGCCCGGCCGCCGCCCACCCCCGGCUACGUUGGCGCGCUGACGGCAGUUCCCUGGAGAAGCUGCCGGUACAUGUGGGCCUGGUAAUCACCGAGGAGCAGGAGCCCAGCUUCUCGGACAUCGCAAGCCUUGUGGUGUGGUGUAUGGCCGUGGGCAUCUCCUACAUUAGCGUCUACGACCACCAAGGUAUUUUCAAAAGAAAUAAUUCCAGAUUGAUGGAUGAAAUUUUAAAACAACAACAGGAACUUCUGGGUUUAGAUUGUUCCAAAUAUUCACCAGAGUUUGCAAAUAGUAAUGACAAAGAUGAUCAAGUUUUAAAUUGCCAACCCUCAGUGAUAUUACUGUCUCCAGAAGAUGGAAAAGCAGAUAUUGUGAGAGCUGCUCAGGACUUUUGCCAGUUAGUAGCCCAGCAGCAAAAGAAAUCCACAGAUUUGGAUGUAGAUAUGUUAAACAGUUUACUUAGUUCACAUGGUUUCCCUGAUCCUGAUUUAGUAUUGAAGUUUGGUCCCAUGGACAGCACAUUAGGCUUUCUUCCUUGGCACAUCAGAUUGACUGAGAUUGUGUCUUUGCCUUCCCAUUUAAACAUCAGUUAUGAGGACUUUUUCUCUGCCCUUCGUCAAUAUGCAACCUGUGAACAGCGUCUGGGAAAGUAGUGAUCCCUGGUUGUGUGAUUUGAUUUCAGGCUUUUGGAGAAAAGGACCCAAAUGACUCUGAUGUUUACAAAGCACCUUUGAAACCCUGUACACACCCAGUUCAUGAUCCUCAUAAUUUAUCAACAAACACAAAAAAGUGUCUUACUUGAGAGUGAGAGAGUGUGUGUGUGCACGUGCGCUUAAUGCGCACGCCUAUGUGCAUGCUUAUGCGUGUGUAUGUAUAGAAAUAAACUUAUAUAAAUGGGGGAAGUAUUGGAGAAGGAAAUACAUAGACCUGUAGCUUUGAGCUAAUGGGAGCAAUGUUUUAGGUGUUGAAAUUUCAAAUUUAAAGGCUUCAGCCCCAACUACUUCCCUGUUUUUGUGGGGAGAAGUGGGGAGGUAAUUAGAGCUGUUUGUUGUUGUUUUGGAGUGAGGGUAAUAAUUUUUGUUCAGUCUUUUCUAGUGACCAAACUUUACUUUUUAAGAAAUAUAUUGACUCUAUUAAAUAGAAACAUUCUGAGUUUGAGGAGUGUCCAGAGAAGUGGAGUUCUGUGCUGCUCACAUGUUAAAAGUUUGCUCAUCUUUGACAGAGGGAAUGCUUAUCUUCAGAUGUCCGUCCAUUUUCAUCUCCUACUUCAUUAUAGUCAAAUGAUAUGACUUGAGUGUGUUGUUGUGAUGUUUAUGCUCGGGGUUGUUAAAAUCAUUUAAAAAAUAAUUCUUACUACAUUGAAAUAACUUAAAAAAUUUAAAUAUUGAAUUUGGCAGUCAAGAAGAAUGUUGGGGGGACCUGUGAUCUUAAAAGUGGAAAAUUCCCUAAAAUGAGAAAGUUUUUAUUUCUUUUUUUGUUCGGGGAUAGUGUGCUAGAUAGUACCCAAAGUUGGUUUAAAAAAUGAUUGCAUUAACUUUUUAUUUAAAAGAAAAAUGAAGAAAAAAACAUUUGCGGGAACUUACCAGUGAGUUCUUUUCCUCAAAAGUAACCUGUUCCACUUUGGAAUUGCACAUUAGGGCCGUGUUAAUACUUAGGAAUUUUACUCAGUAAAUCCUGAUGGUGACUGGCAUAAAAGAUCUUAAAUAGGAUUGAAGCUGUAUAGGGAGUAAAAUAUUACCAAAAGUCUACAAAGAUAAUUUAAUUUUACAUGUUCUCUUUUAUAACAGAGAAUAAUACAGUUUCUUUUAUUUUUGAAACCAAUAAAUGAUUUUUUGAUAGGUGUUUAAUAUUUCUUCCCUCCUGAUCCGUGAACAGAAACCAUUCUUUAUAUUUGAUGGCAUGUUUUGAGAAAACGCUCUUAUCAACAAGCAUACAGUAGUUAUCUAAAUUUUACAUUAAGAAUGGAGUAGUUUAAAUUUGAGGUCUCUGAAGUUUGCAAAAUAGUAAAGAA